AUGCCCAAGGCACAGGAUCGGUUGGUAUGGAUCGAUUGUGAGAUGACCGGCUUAGACCUUUCUAAAGAGCAAAUCAUUGAGAUUGCUUGUAUUAUUACCGAUAAAAAUCUUGAACCUCUUGAUGAAGGAAUUAGUUAUGUAAUUGGAGUUGAGAAAAACAUUUUGGAUCAAAUGGGUGAAUGGUGUACAGUGCAGCAUGGCAAGUCUGGACUUACUGAAGAAUGCUUAAAAUCUAAAUUUAGUUUAAAACAAGUUGAUCAACUUGUUCGAGAUUAUAUUGAACGACAUAUACCUAAUUCUCGAGGUCAAGCUGUUAUAGCUGGAAACUCGGUUUAUGCAGAUAAAGCUUUUCUGUUGAAGAAAAUUUCGAAUUUUUUUAUUAUGAUUUGGAAUGUCAAACAGGAGAAAGAUAUGCCAAUUACAGCAGAAUAUUUACAUUAUCGAAUUGUAGAUGUUAGUUCGAUUAAAGAGUUGGCUAGAAGAUGGAAUCAUGAUGUGUUUUUAAAAUCAAAAGAUACUUCUACACCUUCAGCUCAUCGUGCACUUGACGAUAUACGUGAUUCUAUAAAAGUUAUCUCUAUUUGA